AUGAAGCUUUGCCCACCAGAAAUAUUCAAAAAUGUCAAGGGCUUCACUCUUCCCAUGUGUACGAUAUUUGUGUCGGGCAUGGCGUUGAUCAGCCCAAGUAUUGUGGCCUCAGGGUACACCAGACGAUUGAACCGCAUUGAUGCUUCCUUUGCUGAUGAGCGCCUAGCGGUCCGAACGUUGUUUACCACAGUUCCGCAAACGAUUGGGUGGUACAGUUUGGCGUAUAAUUGCGCCGCUACAACCGGAGCAAUGGUAUCGGGCAUUCUGGUCGCUCGAAUUAAGCAUACGCGAUGGCAGUUCUUCGUGGUUGCCAUUCUGAUGGCCAUCGUCCUUGUGAGCAUCGGAGCCUUUUUUGUGGGUGCUUCCCAAGUUCUGGCGACCCUGAUCAUUCAAUUUGGUGCCGAAGAUCACUACAUUGGCGUCGCGACUGGGCUAUCAGGAUCCUUUCGAACCGUGGGCGGAUGUAUAGCGAUAGCGAUAUAUAGCAGCAUCUUUCGCCAACACACAAACACCAAUCUUGCCUCGGAUGUGUCCGUCGCGGCACUGGAAGCUGGCCUACCCGCUAGCUCUGUCCCGGCGCUGCUGCAGGCAAUAUUAAGUGGAAACCAGCAGGCCAUUGAAAAAGUCCGAGGUAUCACUCCAAACAUCCCCAAGACCACUGAAGAUGCCGUCCAGUCUCUCUAUGCCGGGAGGUACAGCACAGUCUUCCUCGUCAGCACAUCUUUCGGAGUGGUUUCUGUGGUAUCAGCAUUCUUUGUCAAGAGUGUUGAUGACUGUUUAACCAGGCAUGUGGUUAGAGAGUUGGAGCAACCACCCCUACUGUCGUCCAAGGGAUUUCUCCAGGAAGCUUCAAAGGCGGUAGACCACAAAUUUGUGUGA